AAGAAAAAAAAGAAAAAAAAAAUCAUUCUUGAAAAGAAACAAAUACGCAAUCAGUUUCCCUUUGUACUACUAUGGCGCAACCAAAUUGACUCUUGAGAAAAAAACAAGUCCCUCAAUACCAACACACACACACACACACCAGAGUGGCGCGUGGCAUCCACGCUCUCUCCACUGCAGCAGCGUCCAAAUGUCGAACCCACUAUUGGCCAGUAUUCGCGAAGACCCUCUUCUGCUAUUGAGCGGCCACCACCCCUCCUCCUCCUCUUCUCCGAUCGCCGUCUCCGACGCCGACGGUUACCUCCUCGACCCAUCCCAAAUCGGCAGCGCAUCUGGGAGCUUCCAGAACGACGGCGGCGGCUUCCUUGGCGGGGGCUACGACGCCGCCUUGAUCAGCGAAUCCGAAUACGGAUUCGCCCGACCCGAUUUCAGGCAGGCCCCCCUCGUCGGAACCGUCGAGCCGUACGAGCGCCACGUGUUUCUAUGCUAUAAGAACCCGCAGGUGUGGCCCCCCCGCAUUGAGGCUGCGGAAUUCGAUCGCCUCCCCAGGCUUCUCGCCGCCGCCUUGUCGGCCAAGAAGCCUAAUAUGAAGCGCCAGACUCGCUUAACAAUAUGCGAGGGGCGCGACGGAACCGAGACAUCAAAUGGCGACGUGCUAAUCUUUCCAGAUAUGAUCAGAUACAGGAGAUUAACGCAUUUUGAUGUUGAAACGUUUGUUGAGGAAGUGCUCGUAAAAGACGGGGAAUGGUUGCCUGGAAGUCCGGAAUCUCUUAGAGGGUGGUACAUCUUUGUGUGCUGCCACGGUACAAGGGAUCGAAGGUGCGGUGUUUGUGGGCCGUCUAUUAUUAGUAAAUUCAAAAGCGAGAUCGAGAACCGUUGUCUACAAGGCAAAGUGUCCGUUAGUCCUUGUUCACACAUUGGAGGCCAUAAGUAUGCAGGGAAUGUGAUCAUUUUCGGGCCGAAUUCGAAUAAGGAAGUGAUAGGGCAUUGGUAUGGAUACGUUAUGCCUGAAGAUGUACCGCUUUUACUUGAACAGCAUGUUGGGAAAGGAGAAGUUGUGGAUUUCCUCUGGAGGGGACAAAUGGGAUUAUCUGAAGAAGAGCAAAAACAAUCGCAAGAACUAAGGUACCUGGUCAACGGUGGCACGCAUACCGAUACGAUCACACUGGACUCUACACAGGAAAACGAAGGAAUUGUCGCUGCCAGUGCAUGUGGCGCGUCUCAAUUGGACGGAACGGGAUGCUGUCAGACGAACGGAGGAGAUUCCUCUUGCUUUCAGAAUCCCGUGUUGCAAGAGAAGAGUGGGCCCGAUCAAGAUUCCGAAGAGGCUGUCCUAAAUUUCGCAGCUGAAAAGAAGAAGAGGUCGAAAAAGCAAGUCUUGAGAAAUAACGGUGCUAAAAGGAGUGGACCGAGUAAAGUUUGCUCUAUGCCUACAUGGUACGAAAGCUGGGAGCGUGAAGAUACGUACGCUGCACUUGCUGUUUUAGGCGCUGCCGUAACGGUUGCGUUUACUUAUAAAUUCUACAAACAGAUGAGCUGAAAUCGGUUGGUGGUGUGUGUGUAUCUGUACGUGCCUUUUUAUUAUAUGAUUAUGAUUAAAUUAAUUCGGCUCGAAGAUUAGAUUAUUAUGGUUUUGGUGAUUAAAGGGCUUAUAGACCUUUUGAAAGAAACGGGAAACCGAAGACGCAAGAAUGCAGGUUUUACGUGCUGCCUGUUUUAUCUCGCUGCCCUACUUUCUUGGUAAAUGGCUGAAUUUGAAUCUGCACUAUUUAUUUAUUUUUAUUUUUAUUAUUUAGAAUGAUUGGUUUUGUAUAUUGUUAAUUGUAUGUACAGUGAGCUUAUGAUUUAAGUUCUUCAAUAUGUGCUUUAUUAUUAUU